ACGAGCAUACAGAUAUGGAUAGUGAGAGCAAAGCUAACUAUGAGAUAUUUAGUCUAGAAAUAGGUGAUACUUUCACUAACUGGGAUUUAGCUGCAAGCCAUAUUGAAAAGCACAGAAUAGAAAAUGGAUUUGAAACUGUAAAAACUCAACUUCAGAAAAACAAAAAAGAAGAAAUUGUUCGCCGUACUUUUGAAUGCAAACAUUCUCAUGAAUACCAUGCAAAAAAAAAAGCCGACACAGAAGAUAAUCGUGAUUGUGAAAGUUACUCAGAAGCGUGGAAGUAUCUUGAAUGUGUCCUUGGAGUUGAUAUAACUGGUUGGGUGUUAUGUUACACUCAUAAAUCUUUUAAUGAUACUCAAAUUCAACUACAAUUCAAUAAGGAAGAACAAUUUGAACGGGAAGAACAAACCAACCAAAAUCCAACA